GGUUCCCCGUGACUCUAAACUGCUGUUAUAUACUCUUUUCUCUCUUCUCUCCCCUUCUCCUCACAAUUCCCACCCUACAACAAACCAUCCUCGUCUUCGAUUCCAUCUCUUCAAUCAAACUAAUUCCUCAACUCAAUCUUCAAUCAAACUCAACCAUCCGAUUCAAAUCCAUCCAUGGAUUCAUUCCAAGAACCAUCACACACCUCGCAAGAAUCCAAUCACAAAAAACGCCGCAAAAUCGGUGACACCACCGCCGAUCAAAGCUCCCUCACUCUCAUGCGGUGGAGAUCUGAAUCGGACCAAAACAACUACUCCAAAAAACUAAUCGAAGCUCUCAGCCGGAUCAACUCUCCGUCAACCACCAAACCUACACCCGCCGGUCAAGUCCGCGAAACCGCCGAUCGCGUCCUCGCCACGUCCGCCAAAGGAAGAACACGCUGGAGCCGCGCGAUUCUCGGAAAAUGGAAGAAACUCCGCAGACAUCACCGUAAAGUCAAGAAAGCUGCAACUGGAUUGAACAGAACCGGAAUCGUAAACCAGAGGAUGACGAGACGGUUACCGGCUGUGCAGAAGAAAACGCGCGUGCUCGGCCGGUUGGUUCCCGGUUGCCGGAAAGUACCUUUACCGAACCUUCUAGAAGAAGCUACUGAUUAUAUUUCUGCCUUGGAGAUGCAAGUGCGUGCUAUGACUGCUCUCGCUGAGCUUCUCGCCGGUCGAACAUCGGCGGGACUCGCCGGUCAAGUGCUGAGUUGACCCGCGCGCGUUGUUUAUAGCCUAGGCUAUAAUGCGCCAGGUGUUACUUAAUUUUUUUUUCUUUUAUAUUGUUUUUUUAUUUGUUUUUACUUUUCAGAUUCAUGUAUUUUAUUAUCGUGUACACUGUACAUGCCAUUUGCUUAUUCCUCCAUUUGUGUUCCACUGUCCUAACCUUUUUUUUCCUUGUUUUUUUAUUGUAUUUAAUUUAAUUUAAUUCAAUGUGAAUAUGCCACUAUUUUAAUCAA